AGAAAGAAAAGUGCCUUUUAAAAAAAUUAGAAAACUUUCGAAGCAUAAAAAUAAUUCAAUCAGCUGUCGAUGGUUGAUUAUUACUAAUAUAUAUUUUAGGAGUAAUCUUUGUGCGCUUCAUGUAAUACUUACUUUUGUUUAGAUAAAGCUCAAAAAUGGUGUUUAAUUAAACGUCAAAUCGAAAAGGAUACAUAACCAAUCUUAAACUUAAAAAAAAAUUAUUACCAACCCAAAAUAAUUAUGAUUCCUAGUGAUUUUUUGUUUAGCCAACCUAAGUCAUUUUACCAUUUCCCAAACAAGUUAAUAACUUUUCUAAAAUAUGAUAUUAAAGAACUCAGCGCCUCGCCCGUAAGCGACCUCGGCGAUUUGAGGAUAAAUAUCAUCUUAUAGGAGACUAUGUAUUUUGAUUUCACCUCAAAUUGCUGCGGUCGCUUGCGGGUGAGGUGGUAGAAUGCUUGAAAACUGACGACUUCAUGUUGAUUCGCCAGAUUUCUAGCAUUCUAACUUUAAUUUGCAUUCAUAAAGAAUCCUUGUCCUAUUUUAUGACAAAUUUAAAACUAGUUUUAAAUUUCAAUGCGUUUUUCUCUCUUUCACUCUUAACUGACAUUAACUAUGAUUACCACAUCAAUAUUCUUGAUGUUGUAUAUAUCUCGAUUAAGGAAAUCAAGAUUCCCACCUAACAUUAAAAGUUAUCACUUUUAUUGCAGAUUAACAUCAAAAAAAUUAGAUUUAAAUAAUUCAAACAUAUUUCUGUAAUCUUUCAUUUCCUACUUAAUCUUAAAUUUGAUAGAUGUCGCCACUAAUCUCUUCAUAUUCCUCUUUAAUUUUAAUUUCAAGCGAUUCCUUCUUUGCAAAUUAUUUAAACUUACUUUUCUUUACUCUAUAAUUAUUCUUUAAAGAAAUUGCAAACUCUUUUUUCAAAGAAUUUUUUUCACAAAGAAUCUUGUCUACUUUAAUUUGCAUUAAUAAAGAAUUCAUCAAAGACAUCGUUACCAAUAAAUAUUAAGAAAUUUGUAUUCUUUUAACAUUACCCGAAAUGAAGUUGAAACAUUUUAAAGGUUUUCUUAAAUGGAAUAUUUGGUUAUCGAUUCCCGGCGGUUUAUGGGACCCAAAAGUAACAGGGCUUUAUUUAAAUCUUUACAAGAUCUAUAAAUACGUCAUUUUGACGUUUGUUUUCUGUUGGUACGUUUUGACUGAGUUUAUUAGCGUUUCUGCGACUUAUAACGAUCUAUUUGAGACAUCGAACACCUUAAAUAUAGCAAUAAUGCAUUUGGGGGGAACCGUUAAAUGUUGCAUGUUCGUAUUUCGAGGUGAUAACAUUCGCGAAAUCGUUAAUAAAAUGGAAAACAACGAAUUUAAUUACGAAAACGCAAAAAAUUUCAAUCUUAGAAGCAUAAUAAAUAGAUAUAAAAAAUUGGGGAAAAUCACGACGGUUAUUUUAUACUCUUUCGCGACGGCUUAUUUUUUAUUGGCCUUUUUGCCUUACAUUUACGAGUAUCUAAAAAGCUUGGUAACGAAAGAUCGACUCACGAACAAACCUUACAACAUGUGGAUGCCCUUCAACCACGAUACACCACUAAAAUACGGAGCGAUGCUUUUGUAUCAAGGUUUGCCACAUUUCGCGUUCAUUCACGCAAUUAUCGGAUCGGAUACCUUACUAAUAAACUUGAUGAACUUGAUCGCCUGCCACUUGGUCAUAUUACAAGGAGCUUUUCGAACGAUUGAGGAACGUUGCCAACUAAAAAUAAAAAAAGAUAAUUUUAAAUUAACUUUAAAUGAAACAAUGGUGGAGGAAUUUAAAAAAAUGGUUCGACACCUCCAAGUCGUUAUUGAGAGUUUUCGGGAAUUGGAAUCGUUUCAGAGUUAUAUUAAUCUCGCGCAAGUUGGGUUAUGCACUUUUGUGUUUUGUAGUUGUUUGCUUCUUUUGAGCAUGUCAACAGUUGGGAGUAACGAAUUUAUAACUUAUAUGGUGUACAUGGGUACUGCGUUAAUUGAAUUGGGGAUAUAUUGCGCUUUUGGGAACAACGUAACGGUUCAAGCGCAAUUAAUCCCAAAUGCAAUAUGGGAAAGCAAUUGGAUGGACACGACCGUUUCGUACAAGAAGAUGAUGAUCUUAACGAUGCAAAGGAUGCAGAAACCCAUGUUUUUAACGAUUGGGAAAUUCGCAACUUUAACGCUUUCCACGUUUACCGCCGUUCUUAAAUUGUCAUACUCAAUAUUUGCGAUUCUCGAAAACAGGGAUGCUAAUUAAUGUAGCAGCUGCAAAAAUUUCUCUUCCUCAUUCUUUUUCAUAUUUACAUCAAAAUUGACAAAUUAUCUCCGAAAAAAGACAAAGACACUCUUUGUCCGCAUCCAAUUAGGGUGUUAUUACUUCUGGUCGUCGUUGCCUCCACCUGCUUCUUCUGUUCGGUUGCGUCGUUGUCGUUGUCUGGAUCUUCAGCGGGUGUUACCGGUGGCGGUACAGGUGGAGGAAUACACCUCCUGCUAAGCACACAGGUGCCUUGAACCUCGAAAUUGCCGCAAAAAUGACGAGCGGAUCGCGGUUAGUGUGUGCAGGGCCAAGGCUGUACCUGAGUGCAGUCGACAGGAACAGGUGGCGAGCAUCUGCCCUCUUUCAGUUCGUGUUGGUAAUGAUAUAGCCACACUUAAUACCAAGCACCAGCAUUAU